CAUGACCAGACAGUGAAAGCAGUAGAGCAGAGAUUCAAUCGUUGUGCAGUCGGCCCUUUCCUCUGUGUCGAGAUCUGUGAAAGUGAGUUGUUUGAAUACAAUGGUUGUUAUGACCUCUCUUUCCUGUUGACUGUGCCUCUUGAAUCCCUUGUCAACUGCGUCUCAAGAGUCCGCACAGGAAGACCUGUGGCAGUUAAUUGUGGUGCUCAACCAAUUUCUUUUCGUCUGGGUUGAAUUGGCCGCCUAGCUAGGCACUUCUAUACUUCCCUGGAUGAAAGUUGCGAGCGACCGUGGCCCUCCCUCCUGCUGCCCAGUGACAGACAAACGGACAGUCUACGCCAGAUCUACCUACCUACCGACUUCCUUGUAUGAGCUGCCCACAGACAGUUGAACGAGACUGAGCUUCUCAUUCCCUGCGACUGUCUUGGUCAUCGCAUUUUGUCAUUUUGUGUUCUUCCGAAACAUUCAAGAUUACGGUCAAAAUGAAUGGACUAAGUACAGAGGAGGAUUCCAAUUCCCAGCAUGACCAGGUGUGUUGCUUAGUAGAUGCAGGUGAACGCUGCACACAGUUAGCAGGCAAUGCUGCCUAUAACAAAAGGAUACAGAAAACUGUUGCACAGAGGAAACUUCGGCUGCAUAUGGAUUCUGGGUCCAGCCAUAAUUACAUAUGUGAGUACCACAAAGGCGUGAUUCAAAGUGUUCGAGUUAAACGGAAGAGAAGAGAUUCCGAGGAGGAUUCUGGAGAAUUUGAUGGGGACCAUCCUGAAGUUGAAUUAUAUAAUUUGCAGGUCAAUACAUUGAGAAGAUACAAGAGACACUACAAAAUUCCAACACGUCCUGGCCUUAAUAAAGCCCAGUUAGUUGAUAUUCUCAUGAAACACUUCAGGACUGUGCCAGUAGCUGAAAAAGAGUGCCUUACUUACUUUAUAUAUAUGAUUAAAGCCAAUCGAUCGAAGUUUGACCAGAGGAAUGGUUCCAAUAUCGACAUGUGACCUCAGGUUUCAAAAUGAGACGUUUCAACUUCAUGCAGGAUUCCACAGGAUGAAGAGUCUGUAGUGGCAUGCAAAAGCAUAGCCAUUAUAGAUUUUUGUGGAAUUAUUUUUCAUGGCUUUAAUAUCUUGAUUGCUUUUGGUAAGGGUGUAUCCAAAGCUUUCAAGUAAAGUUUUGGUACUUAAAAUUUAAGUACCUCAUAAAUUUUAUUUAUGAUUGAGUAUCCUCCCUCAGAUAUUACUUUUAAGUAUAUGUGAAACUCUGGUCAUUGCUAGUUUUAUAUUUUUAAGGUAUUUCUACCAUAUAUGUUGAAGAAAUGCUUUAAAAUAUAUUUAUUAAUAUAGAACAGAUUGCCAUUACAGUGAUGUAUGCCAGAACAUGUAACUGAAGAGUUAACUUUACAAUAGUCCAGAAAGUAUCUAAUUUCAAGGUUGUUUUAUGAAAUGGUGAUAUUUUAGGUUUUGAGAGUUGACUCUCUUGUAUUCCAAACCAUAGGUUAAGAUAAUACAAAUCAAUUGUAUGAUGAAGUAAAUUUUCAAAUCCCCUUCAUUGAACCUGCUGGCAUUAUUUUAGACAAUUGCUAGUCCUUAAAUAUAUAAAUUUCAUUCUAUUUACAGUUCAUUCCAUUAUCAUUCAUUUUCAUAAAUAUUUUUAAUAUUUUGAAAAAUUUUGUAUAAAAAACAGCUG